GUGAGCGGUUGUGUUCGUGGCGCGAAACGCGGGUCUCCGUGGGCGCUGAGGAGAAAGCGCGGGCGUCGGCGGCGGGAGGCGGGUAGGCAGCAGGCGGCCGGGCCUCAGCAGCGCCCCGCGCGCAGCGGGCGGCGGCCCAGGCAGCGCGUGGUGGUGUUCGGCCUCGCGGCAGCGGCGGCCCAACCGUUGGCGGUGAGCGCUUGUGCGCCUGCGCGGUGGGUCCCGCAUCCCUCCUCUCCCCUGGGCGCCCCCGGCGGCGUGUGAAUGGCGGCCUCGGCGGCGGCGACCUCGGCGGCGGCGGCGGCGGCGGCCGCCUCCGGCAGCCCGGGCCCGGGCGAGGGCUCGGCGGGCGGCGAAAAGCGCGCUGCCGCCUCUUCGGCCGCGGCCUCGGCUUCGGCCACUGCUUCGGCGUCGUCGCCCGCUGGGGGUGGCGGCGAGGCGUUGGAGUUGCUGGAGCACUGCGGCGUGUGCCGGGAGCGUCUGCGGCCCGAGAGAGAGCCGCGCUUGCUGCCUUGCCUGCACUCGGCCUGCAGCGCUUGCCUCGGGCCCACGGCGCCCGCCUCCGCCAACAGCUCAGGGGAUGGCGGUACUGCGGGUGACGGCGCCGUGGUGGACUGUCCUGUGUGCAAGCAGCAGUGCUUCUCCAAAGACAUUGUGGAGAAUUACUUCAUGCGCGACAGUGGCAGUAAGGCUGCCACUGACUCCCAGGAUGCAAAUCAGCAGUGCUGCACUAGCUGUGAGGAUAAUGCCCCAGCCACCAGCUACUGUGUGGAGUGUUCUGAGCCACUGUGUGAGACUUGUGUGGAGGCACACCAGCGAGUGAAGUACACCAAGGACCACACUGUGCGCUCCACUGGGCCUGCCAAGUCAAGGGAUGGUGAGCGAACAGUGUACUGCAACGUGCACAAGCACGAGCCCCUCGUGCUGUUCUGUGAGAGCUGUGACACCCUCACUUGCCGGGACUGCCAGCUCAAUGCCCACAAGGACCACCAAUACCAGUUCCUGGAAGAUGCAGUGAGGAACCAGCGCAAGCUGUUGGCUUCACUGGUGAAACGCCUUGGGGAUAAACACGCAACUUUGCAGAAGAACACCAAGGAGGUUCGCAGCUCGAUCCGUCAAGUAUCUGAUGUACAGAAGCGUGUGCAGGUGGAUGUUAAGAUGGCCAUCCUGCAGAUCAUGAAGGAACUGAACAAGCGGGGCCGUGUGCUGGUCAACGAUGCCCAGAAGGUGACUGAGGGGCAGCAGGAGCGCCUGGAGCGACAGCACUGGACCAUGACUAAGAUCCAGAAGCACCAGGAACACAUCCUGCGCUUUGCCUCAUGGGCCCUGGAAAGUGACAAUAACACAGCUUUGCUGCUCUCCAAGAAACUGAUCUAUUUCCAGCUGCACCGGGCCCUUAAGAUGAUAGUGGACCCUGUGGAGCCACAUGGUGAGAUGAAGUUCCAGUGGGAUCUCAAUGCUUGGACCAAGAGUGCAGAGGCCUUUGGCAAGAUCGUGGCGGAGCGUCCUGGCACCAACUCGACAGGUCCUACGCCCAUGGCCCCUCCGCGGGCCCCAGGGCCCUUGAGCAAGCAGGGCCCUGGCAGCAGCCAGCCCAUGGAUGUGCAGGAAGGCUAUGGCUUUGGGUCAGAUGACCUUUAUUCCAUUGUGGAGCCCCAUGUGUCAGGUGUGAAGCGGUCCCGCUCAGGUGAAGGUGAAGUGAGCGGCCUCAUGCGCAAGGUACCACGGGUAAGCCUUGAGCGCUUGGAUCUGGACCUUACAGCGGACAGCCAACCACCAGUUUUCAAGGUCUUCCCAGGCAGCACCACUGAGGAUUACAACCUCAUCGUCAUUGAGCGUGGUGCGGCAGCUGCUGCUGCUGGGCAGCCUGGGACUGCACCCCCCGUGGCCCCUGGUGCCCCACCCCUUCCCGGCAUGGCCAUCGUCAAGGAGGAAGAGACAGAGGCUGCCAUUGGAGCCCCACCUGCUGCCACAGAGGGUCCCGAGACCAAGCCUGUGCUGAUGGCCCUGGCGGAGGGCCCCAGUGCUGAGGGCCCCCGCAUGGCCUCACCCAGCGGCAGCACCAGCUCAGGCCUAGAAGUGGUGGCUCCAGAGGGUACCUCAGCCCCAGCUGGUGGCCCAGGUGCCCUGGAUGACAGUGCCACCAUCUGCCGUGUCUGCCAGAAGCCAGGCGACCUGGUCAUGUGUAACCAGUGCGAGUUCUGCUUCCACCUGGACUGCCACCUGCCUGCCCUGCAGGAUGUGCCAGGGGAGGAGUGGAGUUGUUCGCUCUGCCAUGUGCUACCUGACUUGAAGGAGGAAGAUAGCAGCCUGAGCCUGGAUGGUGGCAACAGCACUGGUGUGGUGGCUAAACUCUCACCAGCUAACCAGCAGAAGUGUGAGCGUGUCUUGCUGGCCCUGUUUUGUCACGAGCCCUGCCGGCCCCUGCACCAGCUAGCUACUGACUCCACCUUCUCCUUGGAUCAGCCUGGUGGCACCCUGGACCUGACCCUGAUCCGUGCCCGCCUCCAGGAGAAGUUGUCACCCCCUUACAGCUCCCCCCAGGAGUUUGCCCAGGAUGUGGGCCGCAUGUUCAAGCAGUUCAACAAGCUGACAGAGGACAAGGCAGAUGUACAGUCCAUCAUCGGCCUGCAGCGCUUCUUUGAGACUCGCAUGAAUGAAGCCUUUGGUGAUACCAAGUUCUCUGCUGUGCUGGUGGAACCCCCACCGCUGAGCUUGCCUGGUGCAGGCCCAAGUGCCCAGGAGCUGUCCAGUGGCUCUGGUGAUGGCCCCUGAGGCUGGGCCCCACCCUGGGCCACCUCAACUUGGCUCUGUCCUGUCACCCUCCCCUGCCUUCUCCCUCUGGUGGCUUGGCUCCCACUCCUUGGUGGCCCCAUCCCCCAGCCCCUCACAAUAUGGUUUUUACUUCUGUGGAUUUAAUAAAAACUUCAUCAGUU